AUGAGGAAAAUGACCUCAAACAUCCCCCAAGACAAUGAUGGUCAACCGUCACGAAUGUCAACGAGACAAACCACCGCUGCAGCUACGACCGCUGCACCCACCGAUGACAUACCGGAUCGAAUGGCAAACCUCGAGAUCCAGAUGCAAGAGAUCAAGGAAAUGAUAGCCAACCUAGUGGCAACCCAGACCAGAAUACCGUCCACGCCACAGGUGGACACCGUCGAAGUUGAGGAGCGACGAACUUCCCCUAUGCGAAACACCCCCGAGACAGUUCAGUUGCCGCCUCUUCGAAACACUCGUUCUCCAUCGAUUCCGAGGAUGUAUUCCGAAGACCCUCCAAAUCGCUACAAGAAAUCCACCAUCUCUGAGAAGAUUACGCCGCUCAGCGAUGGGAUAGAACAUACCUUUAUGCAAUGGAGCGCGUCCAUUCGGGACCGCCUCGUAGUCAAUGAGGAUCACUACCCUACCGACGUCUCGAGAAGAGCGUUGAUAUGGGGGACUACGACUGGCGUGGCAAAGAAAGACCGCGAAGCCCCUGAGGACCCGCUCAGGACUCCUUUUACGCCCACGGCCCCCAAGCCGGACAUUACAGGCCGCGUGCGGACCGCCGUGCCGGCUACGUCCGGGAACUGUUUCAAGUGCGGCAAGCCGGGCCAUUUCCAAGACAAAUGCCCGCUCAACCCCACCAUCAAGGAGAUUGACCGCGAAGCCCCUGAGGACGAAGAGCAGUGGGAGGAAGCAGUCACCCACCAGUCGGAUGCGUCCCUGGAGGAAAACGACGAGGCCUAG